AACUAAUAAAAAUAAUAAUAGUUUUUAAAAAAGAUAGAAAAUUUAAAUUAUCAUUUUUUUAUAAUAACGACACCAGGCAUGGUUUUAUAUGGGCAACCGAGACUGGUUAAAAAAUAAUUUUCUUUUUAUUUUUUUUUUUUAAUUUUUUUUUAAAAAUAAUUUUUUUAAUUUUUUUUUAAAAUUUUUUAACACAUAAAAUAUUUUUUUUUUUUUUAAAAUUUUUAUCUAACUUUUAUUUUCGCAUAUAUAUAUCAACUAUUAUUCUAUAUUUAUAGAACUUUUUUUGUUAUUAUAUAGUGUUUUUUUUUUUUUUGUUUAAUAACAUUCAACUACUUAUAUUAAAUUUUAUUUUUCCGAUAUAAAAAUAAAGUUAAUAUAAUAGUCAUUAUUUACAAGUAACAUUACAUAUUUGUUCAUUAUAUAUAAAAAAAUAAUAACAAAUUGACUUGUGUUGUAUAAAUAAAAAAAAAUAAAUAGAAUAGUUUAUUAUAGAAUAUUGUAUAUUUAACCGAGAUAUAGUAUAGUAUAGUAAAUAUAUAAAUAAAAUGGCAGGUGGAUUUUUAAAUACACCAAUUUGGAGAUCUUCUCCAAUGCAAAUGGUACAACUUUUUGUACAAAUUGAAGCAGCCCACGAUACUGUCGACGAACUUGGUAAAUUAGGUUUAAUUCAAUUCAAAGAUGAUAAUGAAAAUGUCAAUUUAUUCCAAAGAAAUUUUGUCAAUGAAGUUAAAAGAUGUGAUGAAAUGGAAAAGAAAUUAAGAUUUUUUGAAGAACAAAUUAGAAAAGAACCAAGAUUAGCCAAACAAUUACCAGAAAGUCUUUUAAAUAUUCCAAAUGAUGAAUCACAAAUGGACGAAUUAGAAGUUCGUUUUGAUGAAUUAGAAGCUGAAUUAAAACAAGCCAACACUAAUCAAGAAACUCUUCAAAGAAAUUAUAAUGAAUUAAUUCAAUUAAGCCACGUAUUAACUAAAGACAGCGUUUUCUUCCAAGAAAAUCCAAACCUUAUUGAAGCACAAAACAAUGUUGAACAUAGCGCCCGUAGCCCACUUUUAGCAGAUCAAGAACAACAAAUCUCAGAAGCUGCCAAACAAGGUGUUAAAUUAGGUUUUAUUACUGGUGUUAUGAACACUGACAAAAUGCCACAAUUCCAACGUUCAUUAUGGAGAACUACUCGUGGUAACAAUUACGUUAAAGACGCUCGUAUCGACGAAGAAAUUAUCGAUCCACAUACUGGUGAAGAAACUGCCAAAACUGUAUUUAUUGUUUUCUUCCAAGGUGACCGUCUUCAACAAAAAAUUAAAAAGAUUUGUGAAUCAUUUGGUGCCAAUAUUUACGAUUGUCCAGAUAAUUCAUUUGAACGUUCAAAUCUUUUACAAAAAGUCACUAUUCGUAUCAACGAUUUAAGUGAAGUUCUUCAACGUAGUAAAGAACAUAAAAAACAAACCCUUUUAGGUAUUGUCCCACAACUUUUCAGCUGGAAAGCCAAAGUAUUAAAAGAAAAAUCAAUUUAUCACACUAUGAAUCUUUUCGAUUAUGAUGUUGGUAGAAAAUGUCUUAUUGCCAAAGGUUGGACUCCAAAAGAUAAAAUUGAAGAAAUUCAAUUAGCUCUUCGUACUGCCACUACACGUAGUGGUGCUCUUGUUCCAUCAGUUCUUUCAGUCAUUAAAACUGACGAAACUCCACCAACUCACUUUGAAACCAACAAAUACACAAACUCUUUCCAACAAAUCGUUAAUGCUUAUGGUGUUGCUCACUAUCGUGAAAUCAAUCCAGCAGUUUUAACCAUCGUUACUUUCCCAUUCCUUUUCGGUGUUAUGUUUGGUGAUGUCGGUCAUGGUGCACUCUUAUUACUCUCUUCAAUUGGUUUAAUUGCAAUCGAAAAGAAACUUGCAGGCAAAAAACUUAAUGAACUCAUUCAAAUGCCAUUCGAUGGUCGUUAUGUACUCUUCCUUAUGGGUUUAUUCUCAAUUUACGUCGGUUUCAUUUACAACGAAAUGUUCUCCAUCCCAAUGAAUAUCUUUGGUACUCAAUAUACCGCUUGUUACAAUCCAGCUGCUAGCCCAUUUUGUUUAACUAAAGCUCAAGCUUCUGCUAGACCAAAUGUUAAUUACAACGAUUUUGGCAACAACAACACUUAUCCAUACGUCUCCUGGUACAACUAUACCAACGUUGAACGUACUUAUCCAUUCGGUGUUGAUCCACUCUGGAAAGGUGCUCCAAAUGAAUUAGUCUACUAUAACUCUUUCAAGAUGAAGCUUUCAAUUCUCUUUGGUGUCAUUCAAAUGACUCUUGGUAUCUUUUUCUCUUUCCUCAAUUAUUUAAAUCAAAAAGGUCCAAUCAAAUUCGUCAACAUUUUCACUCAAUUCAUUCCACAAUUAAUGUUCUUAUGGGGUAUUUUCGGUUACAUGUCUGUUUUAAUCAUAUUAAAAUGGGUCAUUCCAUAUCAUGCAAACGGUACCGAUCCACCAUUCAUUCUCCCAACCAUUAUUGAUAUGUUUUUACAACCAGGUGGUGCUCUUCCAGUUUCAUUCUUCGAAGGUCAAUCAAAACUUCAACCAGCCCUCUUACUCUUAUCUCUCCUUUCAAUUCCAAUUAUGUUAAUUCCAAAACCAUUAUUCAUGAAGAAAUUCCACAAUGAUGAAAUGGAAAGAAAGAAGAAUGGUCACCACGAAGAAGAACACGACGAUGAAGCUCUUUACAUUGGUCACCACGGUGAAGAAUUCGAAAUGGGUGAAGUUUUCGUCCAUCAAGUUAUUCACACUAUUGAAUUCGUUCUUGGUGCUGUUUCAAAUACUGCCUCAUAUCUCCGUCUUUGGGCUCUUUCAUUAGCUCACUCUGAGUUAUCAUCUGUUUUCUGGGAAAGAAUUUUAAUUGGUCAAGUUGAAGGUGGUAACCCAGCUUUAGCUUUUGUUGGUUUUGGUGCUUGGUUAGGUGCUUCUGUUGCUGUAUUAUUAAUGAUGGAAUCCCUUUCAGCUUUCCUUCACGCUUUAAGACUUCAUUGGGUCGAGUUCCAAAAUAAGUUCUACAUUGGUGAUGGUGUAACUCUCAACGCAUACUCACACGAAAAGAUUUUAUCAGGUACUGAAGAAGAAGAAUAAGCUAUUUAAAUUAGCAAUGAUUUAAAUAUUUAGUUUAUAUUUAAUUUAAAUAAAAAAAAUAAAAUAAAAAUAAAAUAAAAAAGUAUAGAAUUUUUAACUCUUAUAUGUAAAAUUAAAAUUUUCAUUUUUCCUUUUAUUUUUCAAAAUUAAAAGAGAUCGUGUCGAUUUUAUUUUUGGUGUGGUUAUAGGAAAUUUUUUUUUGGGUUAUUCUCCAUGGAUCCGUAAAAAUUUAAGGUUGAGAAUACAAUCUCUAAAUUAUUUUAAUAAUCACAAUGAGGAGCUAAAUAUAUCACCUCAAUUUAUUAAUGGUUU